AACAGCUGGGGUUUUAUCUGUGGAAUUCCAGGUCAAUCAAAUCGAAUAUACUUGUACAUUUUCACCUAAGAGGACCCAGUUUAAGUGAAUGUGCAUUCAGAAAUACGACAAGGGUCACAGUUCCUAGGUCUGUUUUACAAGAGCCCUCAGAAAAAAAUUUGGAAUUUGUUUACAACCUAAAAAAAUAUGGUUGUCCUAUUAGAGUUUAUUAUAAAUCAUCUUUCAAGCCACCUAUAUAUUUGUAUCAUGGUACGCUAAUCGAAAGACCGAUGAAUACCAAUUUCAUCAUGUGGGAAGAGAAUGGUAGGACAGAUUUCUAUUAUAAUACGACAAUGGAGCAGGCUGGUUGUCUGCGUGAAGCACAGACCUGGAACGAAAUGUUAAAAACUUACAAUGGUAAUAUAAAAUUCAGAGACAAAGCCUGGGGUCCAGAGAACUAUAGGUCUUGCUUUGACACUCCUGGAUUGGUUAGAAAUAUGCAUAGGCCGUAUGAAAUUAUGAAUAUUUCAAGCAAUGUGUUCAUCACCUGGCCAACUGACCAUACUGGCAUUUAUCUUUUCACUGUGAAAGUAGUGGAUCCCAACUACAGUUUCUGUAAACUCACAACUCAAUUUGCUGUAGAAACCUAUGGAGUGUUGGUGAGGUAUGGCAUCAAUAACAAAAGUGAUAAUCUACA